UUUUUCUUACCUUCGGGGUGGAAAUACAACGUUGCGAUUUGUCAAAACAUAGCGCAGAACACAAUCACCUAUCCGAAGGGGGAAAAUUCCCCGACGGCUCGACUCUGAUCUUUUUGAAUGCAGGCAUUUUAAAGGAUCAGCUGUUUUAUCUGCAUCUAUCGUAUCAUUCAUCCACGCCGGGAUUUUAGUUUCUUUAGUGCAUGAGGUCCUUGUCUGCCUUCGUCUGCCCCGUUUUUGACUUUAAAGAGCUUGCCUGCGACGUUAAAUACUCGCAAAGGCUUUUUCAUUCACAAAAUCACAAUUUUUAGUCCAUGCCAAUACUAAUAUCCAUUGUUUACGAUGCUUAAAUGUUACGCCACAUCAGAUAUCACUAUAUCUUCGUGAAUAAACUGCUAUUUUCUCAAUGAUCUGACCAUUUCCAUGGGCUGAAGUCGCUUUUGUCUGUCAUCUUGUAACCUUGUGGAAGUCUGAAGCUGAAAUAGACUGAAUCUACAAAGACAAGGCUAUCAUUCAAACACAGGAAGUACCGAAAGAACGAUUUAAAGGCUCUACAUUUCUACCCAAGACACCGUGUUUCCAUGGAGACAGUGUCAUCUCGUGGCCUGAAGCGCAGAUUCGAGGAGGUGGACAGCGGCUCGCCGUGUUCCACACCAAAAGAUUCGGACGAUGACAUCUCCAGCAGUGACAGCGCAGAUAGCUGCGACAGUCUCAACGCUCCCUCCAGCUCCCUCACGCCUCCCUCCAUUCUCAGAAGACACAAAGCCUCUUUAGGUCGUAAGCAGGUACGCUUCGACGCAGUGACAGUCUACUACUUCUCCAGAAGGCAGGGCUUCACUAGUGUGCCCAGUCAGGGUGGCAGCUCUCUGGGCAUGGCGCGCCAUCACUGCGCCAUACGCCAUUACACCCUGGGCGAAUUUGCUCGAGAACAAGAUAGCGGCCAUAAACACGUGCUGCGUCAGCACCUACGGCAAGAAAAGCUCAACGCACGCAAGUUAAAGCUUACACGAAAUGGAACUGUAGAGUGCCCAGAGGCUGAGUUGCUUACCCUGGACGACAUAUCUGAUGAAGAUCUGGAUGUGGAGAGUGUGGAGGUGGAUGACUGCUUCUUUCUUCAGCCUCUCCCCACCAAGAGGCGUCGGGCACUACUGAGGGCCUCAGGCAUUGCUCGCAUUGAUGCCAGAGAAAAGGCUGAGCUGCGUGCCAUACGCCUGUCCCGCGAUGAGUGUGGUUGUGACUGCCGCUUCUACUGCGACCCUCGGCACUGUGGCUGCAGCCAGGCUGGAAUUAAAUGCCAGGUGGAUCGAAUGUCCUUCCCAUGUGGCUGUACCCGUGAUGGUUGUGGUAACAGCGCUGGCCGCAUUGAGUUCAACCCUCUGCGUGUGCGUACACACUAUCUCCACACUAUCAUGAAACUUGAUCAUGAGAAGAGAAGCUUGUUGGGGGUUAGGUCUGCAGAAGACUGUGGAGUUGAGACCGAGCUGGUCUCCUCGCCAUCUCUCUCUCUUUCUCCCUUGGACUCAGAUGUGGAAGUGGAGACCCACAGUAUUCAAGAGCUUCACAAGGAGCAGUGUGAAAGUCUGGAACGUGAGAAUGAAACUGCUGUGCUACACCUCCAGAGUGCAGAGGAACAGGAGAGGAGACGGGAGCAGGAGGAGCAGCAGGUAGAUGAGGCGCAGACCGCUGAUCCAACCCUUUGUCUCCUGCAAGGGGCUUUGACAAGCCAGGCUGGGAUGGAGGCCAUGGAGGGUGUUCUUCUUGAAGGUCCUUUUCCUGAAGGUGCAACCCUGCUUUGUAUUACAGAGAACCAUGCUGAUGAACAGACCCAGCAGAGGUUGCUCAAAGACCCAGCUUCUGUCCUAUACUAUCAGGUAGGCCCCGUGGAGACAGCAGCCUUUGAGACUCUUCCUGCUGAAGAUGAGGAAGUGGUCAGCAAGGUUGAAGAGCCAGAGAUGGAGACUGAGGGUGAUCGGCAAAAACAAGGUACCUGCGGGCAGGAACUGGCUGAAAGCUUGUCUGCCGAAGUACCUCCACCUCCAGAGAUGAACCCACAUGGGGAUGAAAAACAUCUUUGUCCUGAACAGGCCUUGAAUAGCGAGGAAUGCCUCGAGACCUGCCUGGCACUUGAUGAAGAGGCAGUUGAGCUUCCUCCAGAAGUGUAGAGCCCAUCACCUUUGCAGAUGUUUUGCACAAGUUAGUCAUUCAAUUCAAAGAGAGCCUACUCCACACAGUGGGAUAUGUUACAAGAUUGCAUAAAAUUAAAUACAGUAAAUGUAAAAGAAACAACUUACCUACCAGAUUUAGUCGGUGAUAAGCAUGUGCUGUGUUUGAGGUAGGUUGUCCAUGGUAAAAUAAAUUAUUAAAUAGAAUUCUAUUCUAUAAAAAUAAAACAAUGUAUUUAAAGUAAUGAAAAAAGAAACUCAAGAAUAGGGGAGGUCCUGAUUUGACAACAAUUAUUGCUGUUUCCCAAAUAGUAUCGGUUUAUAAUCUGAUACUGGCGGAAAAUGUGGCCUUUCUUUUGAGGAACAAGCAUUUUCAGGAUUAACCAGUGGCUUCUUAUUGCCUUUCAAGUUUGCAAUUUCCUGUAAAGCACCCCAACAAUUAAUUAGCACUGUCUGAAGUGUAGGCCAUCUGUAGGCCCCCAGGAAUCUGUGCCAGCAGAAUUCUGCAGAAUUUGAAAACCAGUCCAAUUUAUGCCGGUUCAUUUAUUAAAAUCUUGGGCUAAUUUGAUUAGCUGUCUGCAGGGUUGCCAACUUUUCACCACGUGAAUACUGGAAACUUGAGCAUUUUAAGCUUUUUAAUAAGAGACACAAUGCCUUCAAAACAGGAUGUUUCCCCAUCCAACUAGAGUCUCGCUGCUAAAAAAUUAGGCAAUAGGCAUUCUGUAUGGGCAUCUUCAUUUUGGGCCAAAUACGGGACAUACCGGCUAAUACGGUAGGCAACCUUAGCUGUCUGCUACCAAUCAAGAGUGUUGAACACAUUAAUCUCAGUUUAACACAUUUUACCAUGUAUAAAUCUAUUCCACAGAAUUCUGUAGGUUAACCCUUAAAAUCAGCACAGAAAACGCAAAAAUGUCAACAGAUUUCCUAUGGGCCUGGCUAAAUGCUUAAUAAAAUGCAUAUAGAUAAUGCUAACCCAGUGCUAGCACAAAGAAAAUGGGGUUGCUAGUGUUUAGAAGAGGGUGUUAAUGUGUAGCAUCCCUUCCUGUUAAUAGACCUAACAAUCCUGGAAAUACUUGGUUUUCAUGUACUGUACAAGUGUUUUGCUAAGAGCUAGCAUGAAGACGAGUGAAAAAGCUGCUUGUUCUCUGUAUGCACGUUGAAAACUUGAUUCAUUAGAAAUUAUUGAGGCAGUUUGGGAGAAUGAAUGGAUGUGCAAGCUAUUUGCACAGCAGUUAAUUAGUGAUUUAUCGUAAUCUUGAUCUAACGCCGUUCAAAGCCGAAGCCUGCCGUCCUGGUUCGCAGACAUUUAUUUAUUUACCACCACUUUGUAUUGUCAUCUACAAUCAUUUUAAAAUUGUAGUUAUUUGAAAAAAUUUUUUUUUACAUUGUAUUAGUUGUUCGGGGGUUGAAUAUAAUUUUAUUAAAUCACAUUUUAUUGCACAUCAAGCCUUUAAAGAUAACAGAAGAGAGCUUAGCUUUGUCAUUUUAAUUUGGGUUGAAUGUGAAAAAAAUAGGUGAAUCUCAUGAAAUCUGCCAUAUGUCCUGGUCAUAUUGUACACUAAAAGUCAAGUAAUUUUUAUUUGUAUAGUGCUUUUCACAACACGCACAUCAUUUCAAAUCAGCUUUACAGAAAAUCAUACUGAGUCAUGAUUGUGUAGUUUUACAUCCAUCAAGAGUCAAGUUCUAUUUUAGUGGUUUAUCUUAAGAGGUUUUUGGUGCAAUAAUUAGCACCUCUGUUUCAACGGAAUUGAGUAGAAGGAAAUUUCUGGACAUCCAAUAUUUGAUUUAAUUUAUACUUUAAUUUACAAUUCCUGAUAAUAUCUCCCAGGGGAUGCAUAUACAAGGAGAAAAGCAGAGGCCUUAAAAAUUAUCCCUGUGGCACUUCAUACUUAACUUUUGUAUAAUUAGACAUUACUCCUUUACACAGACAAAGUGGUAGCGGUCUGCUAAAUAGGACCUAAACCAUGCUAAUGUGUCCACAAAUGGCAACAUCAUUCUUAAGCCUAUUCAAGAGAAUGUUGUGAUCUAUGGUGUCAAAGGUAGUGCUAAGAUCUAAAAGCACUAGAAGUGAAAUGCAACCGUGAUCAGAUGAUAAGAGAAAGUCUUUUGUAACUCUGAUAAGUGCUGUCUCUUUACUGUGAUGGGGCCUAACUCCUGACUGAAAUUGUUCAUAUAUACUAUUUCUCUGUAGAAAUGAACAUAUUUGGAAGGACACAAUCUUUUCUAGUGUUUUCAACAUAAAAUGGAUAUUUGAAAUCAGUCUAUAAUCAGCCAAUUCUCCAGGAUCAAGCUGUUGCUUCUUAAUAAGUGGUUCAAUAACUGCCAUUUGAAAGUUUUUGGGACAUGUCCUAAGGAUAGCAAGUAUCUAAUAAUAUUAAGAAGAGGUUCUGAGAUUUCAAGGAAUACCUCUUUUAAGAGCUUAGUUGGUAUUGGAUCUAACAAACAUGUUGUGGCUUAUGAUGUUUCAAUAAGUUUUGUUAGCUCUUCAUGACCUAUGACAGCGAAGGAUUGAAGUUACUCAUGAGGAAAAUUAUGAGACACUGUUUUCUGAGGUGCUGUGACAGACAAUUGCAUAAUUCCAAUUUUAUUUCUGAUGAUUUCAAUUUUAUCAGUAAAGAAAUUCAUGAAUUCAUUGCUAUUGUACUGCAACAGAAUAUCUGGUUCAGUCGAGGCUUUAUUCCUAACCAAUUUAGCCACAGUACUGAAUAAACAAAUAGGAUUGUUGUGAUUAUUUUCUAUGAGUUUGCUAAAAAACAGACACUAUCCUUCCAUGCACCGCAAAAUGCCUCCAAUUUGUAUCCUUUGUAUUCUUCCUUCUGGACUCCAUUUUAUGAGCCACUCUCUUGAGAGCAUGAGUGUAAUCAUUGUACCAUGGUGCAGGGAUUUUUUCUUUAUUCGAAUGGGGCGACACUAUCAAUAGUGCUAGAGAAGACUGUAUGUAUAUUUUCUGUUAUUACAUCCAGUGUUGGGUAACGUUAAUUUUAAAAGUAACUCGUUAGAAUAUUGUGUUACUCCUUAAAAAAAGUUACUAAAUUAAUUAAAAAGUUACUUUUAUGCAUUACGUUACUUUUGCGUUACUUUUUUCUCACCGCCACUCUCUCUUCUGCUGUGCAUUCAAUACUAAUACAAGAGAUAUGUAGAGACAAUACUGGUCAUGCUAGCUACUGUACAAUGCUCAUGUCAAAACAACAUACUAAACAAGUAGAUAUUUAGUCUACAAUCAGUAGGUCUUCACAUCAUAUUUAUAAUAAAGACUCAAUUACUGGAAUAUGCAUGAUUUGUUUUUCCAUUGACAUGGCACUCAACAUGAAUAAUGACGAAUAACCACUGUCUUACCUAAAUCAGCAAAGUCCAACACUUGAAUCGUGCUUAAUUGACAAAAAUAAUCCUAAAAAUAGGCUUCGUUUUCUUUAUGCAAAAUAUUUUUUCUUUGAUUUUUAUUUUAAAUGUGAACUGGACAUAUGCUAGAGAGAUUCAUCUGUAUGUCUUCACAAUCUCUAAACCCAGUACUUACAAUUCUAAGGUGAUCUUUAUACAUCAUGAAUAUGUAUGACAAGUCAAGUCAGACUAGGGGGAGACUGUAUAUCAUAAUGUUGAUUUGCACAUGGACCCUGUUUGACUGGUUUGUCACACUGGGCCUAGAUUUAAAAGAUUAUAUGUUCCUGACAACAGUACACCUUGUUUUAAAUGUCCAAAACCCUUGUUUAAAUCCUUUGAAAACCAUCUUCCUCACCCCUGCUGUUCUUACCUUUUCUAUUUGAAUCAUUCAUCUCUUCCCCAUCCCUCUUAUUUUAGAAUAUGAAUUAUUUGUGGCAGUUUUUACCUAGUUGCUUUCUAAGUUGUUUUGGUUCACUUUAAGUGUUAGUUAAAUGCAUAAAGGAUUAAUCUGAACUGUUACAUGAAAGGAAAAAAAAUAGUGUCUUCAAAUAGUAUAACAAAUUCUGUGACGUUGCUAAAUUAUUUAAACUUAAGAAAAUUGUCUUUUUGCAAUGUGUGUGUAUGCUUGUGUAUGUGUGUUUGUGCGUGUGCCAGAAAGAUAUGAGAUAAACCAAUAUUUGUAAGUGCAGUUUUGGAUCAUCAUAUUUCAAAAGGUGCUCUUAUUUUUAGUUUUUACAUAUUCAUUCUAACACUAUAUGUAAAGAUUUAUAUGUAGAGAGAGAAAAAAAAUCAGAUGAUCAUCAAAGAAACAGAUCAUUCACAUUUAAUGAUACAGUUCCAUUUUAGCUCUGCAAACUGUUGUAAAUGCAAAUAUUCAAAUUAUCUAUCUGCUUCUGGUUUGCUUGACAUUUAGUCAUGGGUAAUGGUGUCGUUUCUUUGUUAAAUUAGUUCAAAUGGAGCACAUGAGGCUAAUCACAAAUUCUUUAGCAUGGGUUUCCCCUCUUAUGGGUUUCAGACGUUGUUAAUCUCCAAGCAUUAAGUUUGUAAAUUCAUACUAAAUCUGCAAUAAUUAGACUUUUUGCAAAUGACCAAUCAAGCUAGAAGGAUUUUUUUAUUUUAUAUGGUUUCUAUGUUAAUACUUGUUUUUGUUUGUUUUUUUACUUUGAUUUUGCUUCAUUGUUCGUUAGCAUGUCUCUCCAUCUGAGUUUACUGAAUGAUAUUAAUGUACUGGCUCCAUGUGUGUGCUUUUUGUCAGUUCUUUGUGUUGAAUAUGUGGAAAUAAAUAUGCCACCAAACAUUCCUGCAUUCAAAUAAGUUUUAUCUACAGCAGCAUCUGGACUAAAGACUUGUUUUUUGACCUUUGAUCAUUGUCUUGACAUACUUUACGUAAAAACUUACACUAAUUCAGUUGUCUAAAGCCUCAUGGCUUUGAAAAGGAGGUUUGAACAUCAUAUGUGCUUAAUGUUCCUGUAGCUGAAGCUGAAAGUAUUGAUUCUGAUGUGAUUUUUUAUUUUCAAUGCCACCUCCUUUUUGGCAUACACAGAUCAAAAACCACUACAGUAACUAAAAUCCAGUCCACAUUAUGAUUAUAUGUAAUUAUGUUUGUUUGUGUGAGUGUGUAUGUGUGCUAGAGGUGCUUUAUUAAUAAGGCUGAGUGGAGUUCUAUGCUGUAAGAGUGACUUAUGCUAACUGUUGCCUACAGAGGAGACAAAACAUAAAAAAUGU